CUCCGUAAUCUUCCUGGUCUUCGUUUCCAUCUUCCUCGUGGCCUUCGAAGCGACAGAAAGUUUUCUCCCCCUUCGAUUUCUUCCACAGCACACAAGGAGAAAAAGGCCUCGGGCUUUUUAUUUUACGAUCUUCAAACGUAAUCGAGGGGGGAAGAAGAUCGAUUCUGCGUUCAGUAGUUGAGGAAGAAGCCGGCCCUCUUUCUCCGUAACCUUGCUCAAUUUUUCUGCUGCGUUAUCGUUUUGUCUUUUGCUUGGUGCAUGUGCUUUCGAUCAAGAAAUCUGCCAAAAAAACAUUCAGAACCCAACUUCCUCGAUCGGAAUCGUGAAUUUGUUGAUUUUUCGGGUAUAAAAACAUCUAGCUGCGUCUUUUUCGCGUUUGGUUUCUGGUCUACUUUUGUUCCGCUUCUCGUCUGAAACUUUAGGGUUUUUAAUCACUAGACAUCGUGCUUCUUGGCGGUCUUGUGGUUUAGAUCGUUUGUUUUGUUUGAAAUUAGCGAUAAAGAGAAAAAAAAAUCGAGAAAGAGAGAAAAAUGCCGCUUCUUGAAUCUUUCCGCCAGAAAGAAGUGUCAAAUUUGAACCAUGGGUUGUCUUCGACCCUAUCUCCCCUUGCCCCGCCCUUCACAGUGAAGAGGAAUGCAGUUAACCAGAGGCCUAACUCUUCUCAGUUGGUGGAGCCAAACUUUCGUGAUUACUCGUCGCCCCUGUCUGGCGCUCUUGAUAACUGUCUUCAUCUGCAUCCUCCUACAUCCGUCCCAGACUGUUGGCGCCCCAUUGAUGUUGCUGCAGGUCUUGGUGUGUCAAGUUACCCGACUUCGGCGAUUGGGGGAGUUCCCAGCAGCUUCAGUUAUUCGUCGGGGAUGUACGAGUAUACCAGUGUUCCGGUGAACAUGGAGCUCGGCGAGGAGAGGGUAAUUGCAGAUGAACCCUAUUCUACGCCGCUCGUGUUGGGGGUGCAGGAUACUGCUGGUUCUGGUUUUGGUUCGUCGACGGGAUCCUCAAUGUCGGAGUACCUUCCCUCAGUUCCGUGGCAUCCUGAUUACAAUAUAUAUUUCUCUGGUGCGGUUCCGGCUGUAUCAUCUCAGAAUAGCGGCUACAGUGCCAGUGUCAGCAAAUAUAAGCCUUCCAUCCAGCGGGAGAAAUUUCAGUGUGGAGAGUUUGUAGCGGAGAAGCAGAUAAAUGAUGUGGGCCAAAGUAGUGAACAACCUUCCUUGCCAAAAAUCAAGACCUGCCGUUCAAACUCCACAUGUCCCCAAGAACAAGAACUCUCGCAGCACCCACCCGGAUUCUCUGCUAGUGAAGGUCUUCCUGCUAUCAAUCAGGGAAAAUCUAUUAAUUCUUCUGGGAGGCCUACCCAAAGUGGUGAUAAGGUGACAGAUUUGAAGUGUUUGUCUGCCAAUCAUCAAGCUGAAAACUCCAAAAACAACACACGGUUGGCCUUCACUGAAGUGUUUGGGUCACCUGAUAUCUCACUGUAUGACCAUGACCCCCCUUCAUCAGAUCUACUGCCUGCUACUAGUGCUUGGGUAUUUAUGAAAUCAGAUACUGUAUCCACAAACGAAUGUUUCAUUGAGCAUGGUUCAUGCACAACAGACUCCACUGCUGUUUAUCCGUUUACCCAGGUAUUACAACCAAUGCCAUCUGGCAAUCAUCUGUUAAAUGAUACAGUGAUGUCUGAAAAUGUAAAUGGUCUCUACUUGCCUAUGGAUGAACUUGUAAAUUCCAAGGACCUUGCUGGUUACAUUUUUUCGACUGGCAAGGGAUCUGAAGGGAACUCAAUUCUCGAAGGCAAUCUUGUUCAUCAUUCAAAAGGUGACCAUGAUGCCAGCACCAGUUACAAAACUAUUUGUUCUCAGGGAAUGGAAGAUUCUUUUUCUAGUUACCAGGGAGCUCUUGAUUGUCUUUCAGAUAAGAGGCCAUUUGGAAAUUUGGACUUUACAGCAUCAACCCUGAACCUAUUUUCUUCUGCUUCUGAACAGAGUUUGGAUGUUUCAGCUGCUGGUUGUCAAAAUUUUCAUGAGAAGAACGACCAAUUUAUUUCUGCUGUGGAUUCACCAUGUUGGAAAGGUAUACCAAGUUUCCGGUGUGCUCCUUCUGAAGCUGCAGAAAACGUUUCUUCUCAAUGUUUCAAGAAUUUUGAAUCGUCUGAUCAGCCUCUUCUAAUACAUGGUGGAACUGUUUCACUGUCUGAGGCAUCCAGCCAGUUAAUUUGGGGUAAUGAUGAAUGUAUUGGUGGUUUGUCACCACCUCCUGUUCAUAUGACUGCUGCUUCUCUGUCUACACAAACUAAAUCUUCAGAUACAGAUGAAGUAAAUUUGCUGGCAAACAAAAGUUACUUUGGUGAUGUUUAUGAAGGGAUUCAGAGGAUAGGAGAAGGCUUCAGUACUUCCAACUCUUAUCGGGAGGGGCAUGAACUGAAAAUACCAAUCGGAGUUUCUUUAACCAAUGAACAGUCAAAUAUGAUCUCUGUUGGAGAAUCUGUCAUCUCAGAAGCCACAGUAAAAGAUUGUUCCACCUGUAAUAAGGGACCUAUCCAGGAUGGCUUGUCAGACCUUCUUUCCCAACCAGUUGGUCACAUUCAGAGUUCAUUUUGUGCUGGAACUAGCUUUUCUACUGAUGUUCAUGAAAAAUUUAAUGGAUUGUCUCUUAAUCCAAAUGAAUGUCUGCCUGAAAGAACUGACAUUCAUAUAGUGCUUAAAGCAAUGUAUAAUCUGUCAGCAUUGCUUCUUUCAAGGUGCUAUGCAGAUCAGAAUGCCUUGAAAGAACAUGACCUUGAAGUUCUUCAACUUGUCACCAAUAACCUUGAUGAGUGCAUUAUCAAGAAGUCAAAUCAUCUAUCAGAACCAUGUCCUCCACUAGACAGCGCUUGUCUUGAAAAGCUUAGAGCUGAUCCCUGCAAGUUUACAUGCAUGGGCGGAUCUCAAGGCAUCCCUGCAGAAAUUGACGAUAUUAGGCAUACUGGCAAUAAGAAAACCAGUGAAAGUGGCAGAUCAAUUCAUACGAGUGGCACCCCAAAGAAUAUUGGAUGUCGUAAGUUUGUGUCCUCUCAUAACGAGAAUGGUGUACAUAAGGCUAUGGAGAAGCUAUUGAAGGAUAAUCUUGAUAAUGAAAGUGAUGACCUUCCUCAGGUUCAAGUAUACAAAACACUCUGGCUUGAGGCUGAAGCUGCACUAUGUGCAAUGAAAUAUGAGGUUAGGUUGGCAAAUAUGAAUGCAGAGAUUUUGAAAGGCAAACAAGAUCGAGAUGCCACCGGUUCUCUGAACACAAGAUCUAACUCUAGUUCUGGGCUGCUGAGUAGCUUAAAUGGCAAUUUUGAUGCUAUUGAUGGUGACAAACAGAACUUACAUGUGGCUAAAAGUUCAGCAAGCAGGCAUAAUUUUUUGAAUGCAAGUUCAGGGGUAAUGAGUAGCUUAAAUGGCGUUUGUGAUACUAUGGAUGGAAACGAUCAGAGCUUGCAUGAGGUUAAAAGUUCAGCAAGUGAGCACAAUGAUCUGGAAUCUUCAGUAAUUGCACGUUUUAGGAUUUUAAAAUGCCGAAUUGAAGGAUCAAAUAAACAGGAAGAUCAGCAGCUUACAUUACCAGAUUCAAUUGACAUUGAGUCCACACAGAAUGUAGACAAUCCACUCAUGCCCAGUGAAAUAAGGACUGAGAUUGGGAAUCACAAACAGCCACCUGCAAAAGUUGCAGCUAGCCUAGUUCCUGCAAUAUCCACUCGUAAUACUCAGACAUCUAGAAGCUCGAACGGGGACUUUGGUGCUGUGGGUGUAAUAACCCGGAGUCAACUUGAACCUAAGGGAUUAUUAAGCAAACACAAUGAUGUGGAGGCUUCAAUUGCUACAAGAAUUAAAAUCCUGAAACAGCGUCACGAGAAAUGUGGCAGUUCGGACAGAGAGCCAGCAAUGUUGCCAGACUCUAUUGACGUAGAAGGCAUUGAUUGCAACCAGCAACUGGAGGUGGCCGUACCGAGACACAGUUCUCAGUCCAUGGCACCUCAAACCUCCAAGAAUUUUAACAUGGACAUUGGUUUUACAGCACAAAGGUGGCAGCCUUUUGCUGUUGCUUCGUUGCAGGAUACUCUGGUGCUGCAUGAUCAACUUGGUGGAAGACAUACUGAAUCACCAGGAACAUGUGCCUCGACCACAGGCAACACGCAUCAUAUGCAUCCUAUGCCAUGGCAGGAGGUAGAAACAAACAGACCUCUUCAUGCCCAGAAUAGUGAUGACCUUGUCUCUCUAAAGCAUCCAACCCCAUCUGGUGGAGUACACAAUCGGAGAAAUGAACGAUCCUCAGGUGGAGCCACAAGCUCCUCCCAGUCAGACUCUGCCUACGAUUGGGAGCAUGUGCUCAAGGAGGAGAUUUCAUGUUAAGAUCCUCUAUGCGCGGAUUCCGAAGUUACCUGGUAUGCAAGUUUACAUGUAUUUUUUUGUUAUGUAGGCUGACAUACCGUCUAGGCAGCCGCAUAUAUUUAAAAAUAUUAUGAACCUGAGCAUUGGUUUGUGUGAGCUGCUGUUUUCCUUUUCCUGGUCCCGGAUUCACACACACUACUCAGUUAGGUCAAUAUGGUGGGCUGCCAAAAGCACUAUUGGAAUCAUCUGUGAAUAUUGAUGUAUAUAUUUUUCAAACAUGAUUGACAUAACGUGCAUGAGAUUGUUGACUUA